UGGAUUGUCAUUUCUAAAGUGCUACAUAUUUUGGUGUUGCAACCUAGGUAUUUUGUCGCAGAUAAUGUGCUUGAUGAAGUCACUUUUGGUUGGCCAAGGCAAAAGGGUAACCAUCACCUCAGGGAGAAUCUUACUCUAGGGCUACAAAGGGCAAUUAACUGGGUUGGAUUAAGUGGGAUAUCAUUGGAUAAAAAUCCUCACUCCCUUAGUGGUGGUUACAAACGCCGUCUUGCCUUGGCAAUACAAUUAGUGCAAACCCCUGAUCUAUUGAUAUUGGAUGAACCUCUUGCUGGACUCGAUUGGAAAGCACGUGCUGAUGUUGUGAAGCUGUUGAAGCAUUUAAAAAAGGAGUUAACUGUGCUAGUUGUUAGUCAUGAUUUGAGAGAAUUUGCGAAUCUAGUUGAUCGAUCAUGGAGAAUGGAAAUGGGUGGAAACCUUAAAGAAGAAUUUCUACCAUUGUAAUCUAUGCUCAUUGCCUUUUUAAUCUCCAUGACAUUCUAUGAGUUGAGCUGCUGCAUAUUUGCCCAAGCUGUGGUUGGUUCCAAUUGAUCAUACGUUGUUGGGACCACUCUCUUGAUUUGGUAUCUGGAUGAAAUUUUUUGCCGUUGUCUGGAUU